UAUUCUUGUUCCUGUGGUAACGUUUCCAACGAAACAGGUUCCCCUGACUGACUGACACACCCUCUGGACUGCCCCCCAAAGCCCAAAGGUUCACUUCGUUGUUGGACUUGGUUCAGGUCGGUCGCAUAAUUUUUUGUUCUGUCGAUUUCGUUUGUUUCAAGAGCAAUUACACGACUUUGCUCUAAAAAAUUCUGAAAGACAAUGACGACGUACACCGAUAAAGGACCAAAGCCGGAUGUUGGGAGAUUCCUGGCAUUUGACCAUGUCACAUUUUGGGUUGGAAAUGCAAAGCAGGCAGCUUCAUUUUACACCACACGAUUUGGAUUUAAAACAAUUGGCUACAAAGGCUUGGAAACAGGAUCAAGGGAGAUUGUAUCAUAUGCUUUACAACUGAACAAGGUUGUAUUUGUUCUGCAGUCUCCUCUAAAUCCCACAGGAGUCACAUCAGAAGUUAUGGGUGCCCAUUUGACAAAACAUGGUGAUGGUGUAAAAGAUGUUGCAUUCAAUGUUGAAAAUUGUGUUGGGAUUUUUGAAGCGGCUGUGAAUCGUGGAGCUAAAGUUGUCAAGGAACCAUGGGAGGAGGAAGACGAGAAUGGCAAAGUGAUCUUUGCAUCCAUACAGACAUAUGGAGAAGUGUGUCACACAUUUGUUGAGAGAAAGGAUUACAAGGGUCUCUUUUUGCCUGGUUACAAGGAACCAACAUUUGAAGAUCCACUUCUUAAAACAUUGCCUCCCAUUGAACUCAAUUUCAUUGAUCAUAUUGUUGGAAAUGUUCCUGACAGAGAGAUGGUCCCAGUUACUGAAUGGUAUACAAAGACACUGCAAUUCCAUAGAUUCUGGUCUGUUGAUGACUCCCAGAUCCACACUGGCUACAGCUCUCUGAGAUCAACUGUGAUUGCGAAUUACGAAGAAACAGUAAAAAUGCCAAUCAACGAACCAGCUGAUGGAAAAAGAAAAAGUCAAAUCCAGGAAUUUGUUGAUUAUUAUGGCAGUGCAGGAGUUCAACACAUCGCACUUAAUACGAGUGACAUACUCACUACCAUUGUAAACUUGAAGGAAAGAGGAAUGCGGUUUCUGUCCAUUCCAAAAUCUUACUAUGCCAUCUUGAAGGAACGACUCAAAUCCUCCCGGACCAAAAUCCAGGAGAACAUGGAGACGAUUGAGAAACUGAACGUUCUCAUUGAUUUCGAUGAGAAUGGCUAUCUUCUUCAGAUCUUCUCAAAACCUGUUGAGGACCGACCAACAUUGUUUUUGGAGGUUAUUCAAAGACAUAAUCACCAGGGAUUUGGAGCUGGCAACUUCAAGAGUUUGUUUGAAGCAAUAGAGCUGGAACAAGCUGAACGGGGAAACCUGUAAAAGAUCUUUCUGUGGACACAAAAUAUACUUUAAUUAUAUUACUUAAAUUACAAAGCUCUUAUAAGCCAAGUAUAAGGUCGUUGAUUUAAGCUUUAGAUUAUGAGGUAGCUACAAAGCGUUCACCAUUGAAAUUGGU